AUGCCUCCCAUUAGAAAACACAAGUCUGGAGCUCAGAAGAGAAAAGAAAAGGAACAACAAGAAGCAUUAACUCAAUCUCUAGCUGGAUCACUUGAUAAGUAUUUUGGGGGAAACAAAAAAGCAGAAACAUCAGUUCAAAAUGUGGUGAAUGAUCAGGAAGAUGAGCAUAAUAAUGAACAACAUGAUGAACCCAUGAAUGCUCAUGAGAAUCAUGGUGAAGAAGAAAGAGAGCAUAUGAUUGACACUGAGAAUGAAGAUCAACUCAUGGAUGAGGAAGAUAAUGAUAGUAUGGAUCAAGAUGUCCCAAAUGCAGAUUUCAAUGAGCAAAUUAACUUUCCUUUGAAUGUUGAUGACCCAGGUAAUUGGGAUAAGAUUGACUACAAUAUCAGAGACUUUUUGGUUGAAAGAGGUCCUCAAAGAGACCAUGAUUACAAUUUUCCCAAAGAUAGUAGAGGCAGACAUUUUUCUUCAGAACAUUUCUUUCGAUAUUUACCAAAUGGCGAGAAGCAAGAUCGGAAUUGGCUAGUGUAUUCAGAGUCUCUAGAUAGAAUAUUUUGCUUUUGUUGCAAGUUGUUUAAGAAGGAUGAGCAGAAAAUUAAUUUGGGCAACAUAGCUAGUGUAGGAUACAAUGAUUGGAAGAACCUUGGUCGCAGGCUUAAGGGUCAUGAAACAAGUAAUGUGCAUGCUUAUUGUAUGAGUAGAUGGAUUGAAUUGAAAAAGAGACUACAAAAGAAUCAGACAAUUGAUAAAAGCUGGCAAGAACAGAUUACGAAAGAGAAAGAGCAUUGGAGACAAGUAUUACUCAGGAUAAUUGCUGUUGUCAAAAGACUUGCAAAAAAUAAUUUGGCAUUUCGUGGAGAUAGUGAGAAGCUUUAUGUGGAGAAUAAUGGAAUUUUUUUGCAAAUGAUUGAGAUGCUUGCUGAAUUUGAUCUAACAAUGCAAGAGCAUGUUCGACGCAUUCAAAGUCAUGAGACACACUACCAUUAUCUCAGUCACAGAAUUCAAAAUGAAAUGAUACAAAUGUUAGCAAGUGAGAUAAAACAAUCAAUUGUUACAAGUAUCAAAGAAGCAAAAUACUUUUCCAUUAUUGUGGAUUGCACUCCCGAUGUAAGUCAUGAAGAGCAAAUGUCUCUUAUAGUACGGUGUGUGGAUGUUUCUUCAAAGCCUAUAGUGGUAGAAGAGCUCUGGCUAGAAUUCUUGAAAGUAGAUGAUACAUCAGGUCUUGGCCUUUUUACUGAGAUUACAAAUGCAUUGAGCACUCUUCAACUUGAUAUUGAUGAUAUAAGGGGACAAGGAUGGCAAGUUUUCAAAGAUUUUGUGGAUGGUCUUACAGUUAAGCCGUUGUCACAGACACGUUGGGAGAGUCAUGUUGAAAGUGUUAAACCCAUAAGAUUUCAAGCUCGUAAAAUAAGAGAUGCUUUAAUUCACUUGGCAAAAGUUAGUGAAGAUCCGAAGACAAAGACUAAGAAUAUUGCGAAUGAAAUGGAGAUUGAAGCUGUAUUUCGUGAAAAGCGAGUCAUUCGGAGAAAGAGACAAUUUGAUGAGAGUGCUAGUGAAGAAGUGACACAAUCAGCUGAAGAAUCAUUCCGAGUUAAUUACUUCACAUAUAUAGUUGAUCAAGCUCUUUCUUCACUUAGAACUCGGUUUGAACAGUUUCAAAAAUAUGAAGAACUUUUUGGGUUCUUAUUCAAUGUAGAGAAGUUGAAGUGUUCAGAUAAUGAUAGCUUGAAGAAGUAUUGUGCUAAUCUUGAAACUUCUUUGACACAUGGCGGGAUCUCUGACAUUAAUGGGGAAGAACUAUAUUUAGAAUUGAAACAUCUAAAAGACACUUUACCGGAGGAGGCAAAAAGGGCAAUUGAAGUGUUGAAUUAUUUAAAAGAGAUGGAGAGUUGUUAUCCAAAUGCCUGGAUUGCUUAUAGAAUUUUGUUGACUAUACCGGUCACAGUUGCUUCUGCAGAAAGAAGUUUCUCAAAGUUGAAAUUGAUCAAAUCUUAUCUUCGGUCAACCAUGUCACAAGACAGAUUAAACGGUUUAUCUAUGCUAUCUAUUGAAAAAAAUAUGGGAGAUAAACUUGAUUAUGACAACAUUAUUUGUACUUUCGCAGCUAAAAAUGCGAGAAGAGCAAGGUUUCAGUGA